GUGUCACCCACAUCCCACCGCAAUUCGUGUUUUUUUGCUCGUGUUGGUCCAUCAAUAUCAUGAUUUUGGGGUUAUGAACAUAAUCAUCGGCCACCAGACGAUGUCAAAGAUCUAAAAAUACCGGAAGCCAGCCUCGUUCCACCAACCAGUCAUAAACAAGGUAAAAAUCAGCACUCAUUAAUCCUCGAAUAAAAAUUACUCCACCAAGUCUCGUUGGUCUUCUCCUGAAAACCUUCAACUGAAUUUCCCUCAUCAAUUCACUUCUCCAUAAACGCAAACCCAAGGUUAUUCCGUGGGCGAUGAGUAAAACAGGAAGUAUAAACGACAAUUCAACAAAUAUAUCAGCAAUUACUCAACAAUCAGCAAGUGACAAACGGUCUUCCACCCAAUAAGUCUUUAUUUUUCAUCAAUAAUGCCAGGAGAGUCCAUUGAAAUUCCCCACAUCUCUGUCCCUCCUCUCGCUGGAGAACAGUGGCCUCUACCAUCGGAGAAUGGCGUCUCGUCGAAAUUCGGUUGAAGCAGAUAAUUCUGCUGAAAGUAUUGAGAGGAUUGAUUACGAGGAGCUUGCGGAGUGGAAGAACCCAGAGGCUCCGAAGCUGCCUGCCAGGAAUCCACCAUUUUCCCAUAAUGUUUAUAGCGGUCCCGAGGGUUCAGUCGAUCGAUCUCAGAAGGACAAGACUCGGAUCACGGGGAUGUCGCUGGACAAUAUGUUCUGCUCCAGGUGUCGGGAGGGGUUCGAGGCACAUGAGAAAAUUGUUAAUUCUCAUGGGGAAUUGUGGCAUCCGCAGUGCUUCGUAUGCGCCCAGUGCUUCCGUCCAUUUCCCGAGGGGAUUUUCUACGAGUUCGAGGGUAGAAAAUACUGUGAAAAUGACUUUCAGGUCUUGUUUGCGCCCUGCUGUGGUCGAUGUGGAGAAUUUGUCAUUGGCCGAGUCAUAAAGGCGAUGAAUGCAAACUGGCAUCCAGGAUGUUUCCGCUGCGAGGAAUGUGACUUUGAACUCGCUGAUGCUGGAUUUAUAAAGUGCCAAGGGAGAGCUCUCUGUCACACUUGCAAUGCUCGAGUCAAGGCUGGAGCACUUGGGAAACAUAUUUGUCAUCAGUGCCAUGGAGUCAUUGAUGACAAGCCACUUCGAUUCCGAGGGGAAGUCUAUCAUCCCUAUCACUUCAAUUGUACUGCCUGCCAGGUGGAACUCAAUUCUGACGCUAGGGAAGUCCGGUCAAGACCUGGUUAUGCUGCCAAUGAAAUGAAUGAAUUGUACUGCCUUCGUUGCCAUGACAAAAUGGGAAUUCCCAUCUGUGGAGCUUGUCGACGUCCAAUCGAAGAGAGAGUAGUGACUGCCCUGGGGAAACACUGGCACGUCGAGCAUUUCGUCUGUGCCAAGUGUGAAAAGCCGUUCUUGGGACAUCGUCACUACGAGAAGAAGGGUUUAGCUUACUGUGAGACUCAUUAUCACCAGUUAUUUGGAAAUCUCUGCUUCGUUUGCAAUCAAGUUAUUGCUGGAGAUGUUUUUACUGCUCUCAACAAAGCCUGGUGCGUCCACCACUUCGCCUGUGCGUUUUGCGACCAAAAGAUGAACCAGAAGACGAAAUUCUUUGAGUUUGAUCUGCGUCCAGCCUGCAAAAAGUGCUACGACAAAUUUCCCCAGGAGUUGAAGAAACGCAUGCGUCGUAUGUACGACCUCAACCCCAAGAGAAUACCCGCAUAAGUAAUCUCAUCUUGCCAAGGGGGCUACACUCACAGUGUCUCGAUUCUCAUAAUCUUAAUACUUGUAACCAAAGUAACUCUGUGUAUUUUAUCGACAAUUUUUUAACAUUCUUUUUUCUUUUUUUGUAUCGACCUUUCGGAGUUGAUGCAAUGCCUUCCAUUUUUAGAAACUUGAUGAUUUUACGUGCCUUGAGAAGCAAGUUUUUAUGACAAUUUGAAUAAUCCUUAUUUACAAGAUUAAAUAAAAAACUUAUAUUUUAAAGAA